GUGUUUUGGGAUUUGCCGUGACGCGUGGUGGCUGUCUGACGUUUUUGGUGACUUCCAAACAAAAGAGCGUCACAUUGUGGCGCGACAAAAGCGACAACAAGAGAAAGAACUGUGUCUAAAGAUAAGAGGGACUCGGUGACACUUGCUGGCUGUGUCGUCGGAAGCGCCAUGGAUGAAGAGGAGCAGUUUGUGAACAUUGAUCUGAAUGACGACAAUAUCUGCAGUGUCUGCAAGCUGGAGACCGAUACAGGAACCUUAUCUUUCUGCCAUGUCUGCUUUGAACUCAGCAUUGAAGGUGUUUCUUCAGCCACACUUUUGCAUUCAAAGUCUCUACGCGGCCACAGAGACUGCUUUGAGAAAUGUCACCUCAUCGCUAACCAGAAGCUGUCACACUCCAAGGUGUCCCGAAGUGCCUACGAGGGCAUGAAACUUGCCCUAAGCCAAAAACUCAAUCGUAUCAUCCAGUACGCCCAGAACAAAGACAAUGUCCCUUCAAAUGGCUUCAGCCGACGCGGGUCCAAGCUUCUGUGUUACAGCCAGCAGGGCGACCGUAAGCUGUUGCCUCAGUCGGAACCCCAGGUACCCCGUUAUGCUCCCCGCUGGGAAGCGGGGGAAGCGACGAGGUUGCCUGACUAUACAAUGGGGAUGUUGGAGUGCCACACAGCCCAGGAAUUGCGGAUGCUUGAGGGAGACGUGUGGUCCAGUGGCAACAGGAAAGCUCUACACAUCCGUAAUCCACCGUCAGUGGGAGGCCAGACUGAACGCAAACAUCAGAGCCACAGCAGAGAUGAAUUGACUAAAAUGUGUGUUGAUGAGCUGCAUCACUUGAACUCCCAGCUUCUCAUGAAGAUUCAAAAUGUCUUCGAGGAGCUGACUGCGGCCGUGCAGGAGAAAGACUCGCUGGCGUCCGAGCUGCACGUGCGACAUGUAGCCAUCGAGCAGCUUUUCAAGAACUGUGCCAAGCUGCCCUGGUUGCACAUUAGCAGGGCUGGGGUCAAGACGACCGCCAGCAACAGCAAUGGUGUCGGAGGACCUGUGGAGUAACACUGUGGACGUGAUCAAGUGUCUUGGUGACACUUGAAUACGUUUGCUGCAAUAAGACUCUCGCAAGACAUGUUGGUUUAGAAGCAGCCGGGUUUUACACGAACUUGUCAAAGUCCAACAUUUUCUUCAUCCACUCGGUUAUUUAUUUUCUAUCUGCAUUUCAUUGUAAUUAUUAAGGGUUUCCGGCUGCAUUAGCGUUCAUUUGUGUUGCAAAUCCACAAAGUAUUAGAAGCCAUUUCAACUACUUAUUAUUGUUCUGUAACAUAUAACUUUUACAUCCCAUAAGCUUUACACAGUUAUAUUAUAAAGGAACUUUUUGCAAUAAGAGGAUUUAUAUCCGAAUUUGAGCACAGAUCAAAAGUCGAGAGAACUGAUAAACGUAUAUGCCCUUCCAAAUAAUAUUUAUGCAUACACAUAUAGAGAUGCAUGAGGAAAAUGUUAAGAUACCCAAUUUUCAAACCAAAGUCUGAAAAAUUAUUUACAUAUAAACUACAAACAGCAUGAAUAGAAGUUACAACACUGUUUUACGUGCUAUUCAAUAUUGAAAAUCAAAUCCACAAAGUAUUUUUUACCAAUCAAGUUCUUCUUAAUGAGGGUUCUUUCUUUGUCAAUGUGAAUUGUUAUGUAUGCUUGAGAGAUUUUUUAUUCUUUGAAUACACAAUAUUUUGUUUUUUUUUUCUUAAGAACUAUGCAAGAAAGAGGCAGAUCAUUUAGACGCCUUAUCCAAUACAAAUAUUUGUCUUCAGAGGAGGUCGCUUUAGCUGCAAAAUCAGGUUCAUGGUUGGUGGGAAAGAUUUUGUGUAUUGCUUUCAUUCUCUUUGUAAGAGAUUCGAUUGAUUUGACCCUUUUUGGGGGUUUAGCUCCAUUUUAAAUCUACUUAAUUGUGUUAGGAUUUUUAUUCCCGUUUGUAAUGCGGAUGGUGUUGAAAAUUGUUGAGUUUUAAAUAUGGAUGCUGUGUAUUUUUGUAAAGUGGGGGGAAAUGGCUGUGCCCAUCACUGCCUUUGUCAACUUGUUAAUUUUUUUUUAAUUUUUUUUUUACAUUUCACUCCUUCACUCUUGGGUCGUGCGAUUUUAUUUUCUAUUUAUUUUGUGCGCGUUAUGGUGAAAAGCUUGUUGUUUGUGCGUUUUCAUUUUCAAUAAAUUUACUUUUUUUUUUUUGUUGCUAGUAAUUGUAUUGAAUGUCUCGUUACUGCAUUGACAAGGAAAGUGUUGAAGGUUUAUUUUUGUGAUUUGAAUUGGUCAUCAAAUUGCUUUAUUUAAAAAAAAAACAUUUUAAAAUAAAGAAAUGGCUUUCUUUAAAAAGAAAUGGAAAAUGUACUGCAAGGUGUAUGCUGCUAUCUAGUGGCCAAAUUAGAAAAGGGUUAUUGGCACCCUGCGUAUUGGUAAUUUUGUCAGACAAUGCUCAAUUUCUCCUACAAAAUGAUUGCAAUUACAAAAGCUUUGGUAGUAAUAUCUUCAUUGAUUUUGCUAGCUAUGAAAAAACACAAAAGAGAAUAGAAAAAAAAUAUCAUUUUAUACAAAAUUCCAAAAAUGGGCCAGACAAAAGUACUGGCACCUUCAGUUUUAAGUACGGUGGGUUUUUGCAGGUUCGGGUGAUACACCGUUCGAUUCAAACCUUUGGCUCAAACACUACUAAAGAAACAUUUUGAAAACUUCCAGAAUAAAUGUCUGGAUUUUAUUAGCAAAUUUAAAUUGCAAUAUUUGAACACAUAUUAACAUGCACAACAAAUACAAACUUGGUAAUCAUCUGGUAACUACCCAGGAUUGCAAAAAAUUAAACAUUUGUUACCACUCAAAAGUGUCUGUCUAAAUAAAUAUGGAAAAAAAAAAACUUUGUCAGGGAAUAACAAAAAUAAAUAAAAAAGGAGCCUUCCUUUAGGUAAAACACUACUGUUUUUGUCCACAAGCACAGCCAAACUAAAAAAACACACACACAAAAAAAAACUCCUUUCGGCUGCUUUAAACCCACAUAAAUAAAAUAAAAAAUAAAACUGGGGAGAAGGGAAUAAACCUUUGUUCACUACAUUUCUAACAGUUUAUUCAACGUUAAUAGUAAAAAACAUACAGGAGGAUAUUUCUGUCAAAGCAGCUUCAUCCUCGAAUUUGAGAAAUUCAAACAGAUUAGUGUUAUGCUAACUCUGAUGCUGGUCGGACUCAGUGUUGUUAAUAACGGCGUUAGAAUAUAACGGCGUUACUAACGGCAUUAUUUUUUUCAGUAAUGAGUAAUCUAAUUAAUUACUUUUCUCAUCUUGGCAACGCCGUUACCGUUACUGAGGCGGGAAAGUCGUGCGUUACUAUGCGUUACUAAGUUGGUUGAAUAAAAAAAUUCUGAGAGAAACGGACUCACGGAGACGAAAGAGCAGAGCAGGAGUGGGAACGACGCCGUUGCAACCGCGAUGCUAGGUGGCUCCAAUAAUACCUGACUGUAGCCAUAGCCAGGGGCGGACUGGGACUAAAAAGCAGCCCUGGACUUUGACUCAGCCCAGCCCAAAAGAAUCGUUGUACGAAGGGAAACACAGACCCUCUAGGGGGGUCUAGGGGCAUGCCCCCCGGGAUAAUUAAAAAAAAAAAAAAUUAUUGUAAAAUGCAUCAAUUUCGUGCACUUUGAGAGAAAAAUGAAAAAAAUGUGUGUAGACUGUGACUGUCUGACUUGGGGCGCUCAAAGUACCGCAAGGCUGAACUGGAGUUGGAUUCAUCUUUCUGCCCUAGCUCUAUAAUCAACCUGAAUAAACAAAUGAAAGUAUUUUUUAAAAGCAAGUUUUAUGUAUCCAAUUGAUUAUAAUAACACCUAUCAUCCAUGUCUAUAAAAUGACUUCAUUGUUUAUGCCAUUAUUAGUCUUGCCAGACAAAUACAGUGAUACCUCAGCUCACGAACGCUUAAGCUCACGAACUUUUCGCCUCAAGAACAUUAAAUUCGCGAGCAUAUAGUCUCUGCUGACGAACUAGUUUUCGGCGGACAAACCAAACCACGCGGUCAAACAGCGCCACGAGAAGCUGACGCACGCUCACGGCGUCCAAGUUCGUCCCCUCCCUUUCUUUGAGUGCGGACGUGGUUUGUGUUUGAUAGACAUUUUGGACCAUAUUGAGUGUACUUUUGCUAUUAUGGGACCGAAAAAGACCCCACCACAGGCUAGUGUUAAGCCUAAGAAGACAUUAAAGAAAAUAAGGUAUAUUUUUGUGUAGUUUUAAGGCUUAUUUAGUAGAAAAUUAUGUUUUAUGGGGACCUGGGAACGGAUUAUUCUCAUUUUAAUGGUUUCUUAUGGGAUAUAAAUGUCGGAAGACGAACUUUUCGCCUUACACACACUUUCUGGGAACGAAUUAUGUUAGUGAGCUGAGGUAUAUCUGUAAUAAAUUUCAAUGAAAAUACAAUAAACAUUUCAAGACAAAUCCUGUAUAUGUAACCUUCAUUGGAAAGUAGUAACCAGAAAACAAAACAAUAUAUAAAUGAUUAAAAAUAUAUAUCAUAUCAAUUUAACGACCUAAACUCUAAAGUAAAACUAUUCAUUUUAUUAAUAUUUUGUUAUAUUUCUUCUGAAUUAAUAUUGCUGCUGCGUGUGCAUACGUUGUUUUACAGCUAAAAUACUAGCCCUUUACUUGGCAUUUAUUUCAUUUAAAUCGUAGCUACCUGGUGGACUCUUCAUUCCAUCUCAGCCCGGUAGCAACUAGAAACUUAGAAAGUCCGCCAAAGCUAUUAUCGCUCAAUCCUGCCCCUUCGUGGGCCAUAGCAAGUCUUUCAGAGUCACAGCAUCUUGGCAAUGGCCCACUUCUUCGUUCUCCUCCUAUCAGAUUGGCGGUUAACAGCCAGACGCAUUGCUGCCACCUGUCGGAUUAGGUGCGAACUGUAGAUAAUCAUAGAGGAUAGGGGGAUAAAAACAGUGAUGUUCAUAUGGCGGCCGCCGGCCGUCCAGAGCACCGGCCGUUCUGUGAUCCUCCAGAA